UCUAACGUAGUAGUUAUAUUCUAAUUCAAGAAACAAAGUAGUUGAACGAAUAGACUUAGCAAUGGUGAUUCGUGAAGGUUACUUGGACGUCAAGAUUCCUGCCAGAGACCGUGGAUUUGCUCCUUUCAAACCUUGGCGACAUCGUUUGGUGCGUCUUAGUUCCAGUCAACGACCUGAAGAUGAAGGACUUCUAAAAGUUUAUAUUCAGGUGUUAGUGGCGGCGAGCCCACGGAUUCAUGGCACAUCAGACAAGUCUGACUUGCACUUUCAACUAAUAGCAGAGGAUACUAUAGUGUUCAGAUGUUACUCUCGAACCCAUAAGUAUGCUUUUACUGUGUCCAAACAUCAUAAACCUCUACUUCACUUAGCCGGAAGUAGUGAAAGCGAAAGUCAAACAUGGAUGGCUACCUUAAGGGCAUCCUUGUGGCCACCUACACCUAUAUCUGUAUUAGAAGCAGCUCUAUCAACCAAGUUUGAAGUAUCAGUCAUUGAUGAUGAGUAUGUACACAGAGCAGGCCUACUUGGAGCCUUUGGUUAUCUUGCAAUUACUGACAAAAAGCUUGUGUUGACCAAUCCAAAAACAGGUGAUGUGAUCCAGGAAUGGUACUUCAACACCUUAUGUCGCUUUGCACUGUUAGAUCAAGAACAGGAAGAUGAUACAGGGAAAAUCUUUUCUAUAGAUAUGAGCAAAGAAAGUUCCACUGGUAGUGGUCGAAUGUUUUUCUACAGUACUCAAGGGAGAGAGAUUCUUCAAAAAGCAAAUAAGAUUAUUCAGCAACUUUUGGAGGGAUCAGUCACAGAGAAAACAAAAGACAGUCAAGAUCUUCAAGGAAUAGUUCAAACAUGGGAAGCUGAAGAUUACUACAAGAGACCUAAUCCUGAAACACGCAGCAUUUUAGAUUGUCCUAAUUUCAUCUUCAACAAGUCACUCACACUUACUGACCACACCUUUAAGGAAAACAACUUGCGAAUCCACAGUAAGCCUAGACCUAACACAUUAUCUUGGGCAUCUCUGUCAACACACUCAGAUUCUGGAAUUUCAGGUUGCUCAGAUCCACUAUGUUGGAGCCUUUCUUCUAAUCAUACAACUGGACAAAGUUUUCCAGAAAUCAUGAACUGCAGUUUAACUUCACUUCUAAGUGAACAUUAUGACAAUGAGGACUACAGCAGUGAUUCCUCUAGUAUUUCUUCCAUAUCAGCCACACCAGAAGAAAGCCUUCAUGAGUCAUCAGAAGCUGUUUUAAUGAAAAACGUUUUUCAUGAUAGCAAAGCAACAAAUAGUCAGCUGGGAAUAGCUGAUUUAUUAGGUAAAAAACUACAGAACCCUAAGAAUUUUCAAUAUGAAAAUUCUAAAACUAAAAUGAAAAUUACAGAUCCAACAUAUAACCUAAAUACCAAUGUUCAAAAUACACCUUCUACAGAAAAAAAUAAAGUUUAUUGUGAACUUAACAGACAGAGGUCAUAUGAAAACAUCUUUCUUAAUCACUACAGCUAUUCUUUCCCAUCAAAUGAACUGCAAGGAGCACUUUCAGAGUCAUCUUUAGAAGAAAAUCAGAGUUUCUUGACACUGUCUGCUUUUGCAGACCCAGAUUGGUCCAGAAGGACAUCUUUAGCUUCCCAAAGUUCUCACACAUAUGCAGAAGUUGGAUCGGGGUUAUCAUCAAAACGUCCUAGCAUUGCAAAAGAGGGAAUUUAUGAAGACAUAGACGAAUUCAGAGAGGAGCUGUUCAACAGACUAUCAGGUAAAGAUAAUGCUGAUAUUGAAAAACCUCCAUUACCACCCAAGGUAAUUUCUAGGAAUGAAUGCUCAACUACAGGAUAUAAGAUAUCUUUUUGUCAAGAAAUUAUUGUUCCAGAAUCUAUUUGUGGCAACAGUUCCAAAACUGAAGUGGAAGAAACUAUGAUGAAUGCAACAGUUCCCAAAUGUAACAUUUUGCCCAAACUUUGGCAAAUUGAAAGGAAACAAAAAUAUCCAACAAGUACAAAAAUCAAACUAGACACUCAUAAAAAAAGAGAAGGUACAUCAGACAGAAAUGGAAAAUCAAACAAUCACCACCUAGAAGAAGAUUCCUUUAGGUGGUUAUCAUUCAAAAAUCAUUCUUCAGAGGGAAACAUAAUUUCAGCAGUUGAAAAGUGUCAAUGUAACAUUUUACAAUUUUCAACACUGCCAAGUUAUAAUUCUUUGCAUGCCUCAGACAACUGCAAUUUGCAACAGGCACAGAAGAGAGAGCUUUGUAAGGAAAACUCUUGGCCCAUUUAUUCUCAUCUACGUUUUAACACUUCACCUGAAGUACAACAAAUCCAAUCAGUGCCAUCCCUUUUAUCAGAGCUAGACUGCCUAGAACCAAAGCACAAAGACUUAGGUAAAUUUCUUCAAAACCAAAAUGGGCUCUUCUGUAAAACACUCUCAAACAAUGUUUACAAGCAUAUGCUAGAUAAGAAUUCUUCAGAAGCCUUUACUGAAACACAGUCUAAUAUCCUUCACAAUCUUCCUAUAGUUAAAAUGAAUCAACUUCUCUCAUCUCCAGAGAGUCCAGAUGAGCCUAAUGGUGGGUUUUCAAAUUAUUCAAGUCUUGUAGCUAACCAGGAGGACUACUGUUACAUGCUGCCAUUAGUUGAAGUUUACAAGGUCACACACCUUUCCACAGCCAAAAGUAAACAUACUAAUUCUUGGUCUAACAGCAAACUUCAAAAUGAGCCACAUGAAAAUGGAUAUGUAGAAAUGAAAUGAGUUAUAAAUACUCAGUAAUCACAAAUAUGUAGAAACCCUAUUUGCAAUGUUGGUAUUUGUUCAGGUAGACAAUUUUAAGACUACACCAAAGCCUGAAGCUUUAGAAACCUGCUUAGAAAUAUACAAAAAGGGAAUACAAUGAUUUCUAAUACUCAUUACCCAAACUUCUGAAGUUAACUAUUCACAAUGUUAAAUAAGCAGACAGCCUACUGUUUUAUGCUGCCAUUUGAUAAGAUAAGCAAUGUUUUGUGAGCUUCACCUCCACCAGAAGCAGACAGUAUGUUUUGUUAAUGAACUGAAACAGUUUUCAUAUGUGAAAUUCAAGAUCAUAUAAUAAGUUUAAAAGUUACUUGAGAACAUUACGAGAAAUAAUUAUGAUUACCCACUUACAUUUUAAGUAAAAAAAUUAUCAGUCCUUUCAAAAUCUGUUGUUAAGUCUACCUCAAUAAUAAGAAUAAAUUUUGGAGCAUUUAUGUACUUCUCUGAGAUUAAACUGUUGAGAUUCAGGAGAGUAAUAUUAAGAAUUCUAGGUCAUUC